AUGGGCCGGUCGCCGGCUAGACAAAUCCGCGUUGGACAAAACGGCGUUGGACAAAUCCGCGUUGGACGAAAUGGCAUUGGACAAAAUAGCAUUGGACAAAACGGUGUUGGACAAAACGGCGUUGGAAUAAUCCUCGUUGGACAAAACGACGUUGGACAAAACGACGUUGGACAAAAUGGCGUUGGACAAAACAGCGUUGAACAAAACGGCAUCGUACAAAUCGGCAUUGGACAAAUCGGCGUUGGACAAAUCGGCAUUGGACAAAUCGACGUUGGACAAAUCCGCGUUGGACAAAUCUGCGUAGAACCAAUCCGAGUUGGACAAAACGGCGAUGGACAAAUCCGCGUUGGACAAAACGGCGUUGGACAAAACGGAGUGGACAAAACGGCGUUGGACAAAACGGCGUUUGACAAAACGGCGUUGGAGAAAUCGGCGUUGGACAAAUCGGCGUCGGACAAAUCGGCGUCGGACAAAACGGCGUCGGACAAAUCGGCGUCGGACAAAUCGGCGUCGGACAAAUCGGCGUCGGACAAAUCGGCGUCGGACAAAUCGGCGUCGGACAAAUCGGCGUCGGACAAAUCGGCGUCGGACAAAUCGGCGUCGGACAAAUCGGCGUCGGACAAAUCGGCGUCGGACAAAUCGGCGUCGGACAAAUCGGCGUCGGACAAAUCGGCGUCGGACAAAUCGGCGUCGGACAAAUCGGCGUCGGACAAAUCGGCGUCGGACAAAUCGGCGUCGGACAAAUCGGCGUCGGACAAAUCGGCGUCGGACAAAUCGGCGUCGGACAAAUCGGCGUCGGACAAAUCGGCGUCGGACAAAUCGGCGUCGGACAAAUCGGCGUCGGACAAAUCGGCGUCGGACAAAUCGGCGUCGGACAAAUCGGCGUCGGACAAAUCGGCGUCGGACAAAUCGGCGUCGGACAAAUCGGCGUCGGACAAAUCGGCGUCGGACAAAUCGGCGUCGGACAAAUCGGCGUCGGACAAAUCGGCGUCGGACAAAUCGGCGUCGGACAAAUCGGCGUCGGACAAAUCGGCGUCGGACAAAUCGGCGUCGGACAAAAGGGCGUCGGACAAAAGGGCGUCGGACAAAAGGGCGUCGGACAAAUCGGCGUUGGACAAAACCGCGUUGGACAAAUCCUCGUUGGACAAAACGGCGUUGUACAAAACGGCGUUGGACAAAACGACGUUGGACAAAACGGCGUUGGACAAAACGGCGUUGGACGAAACGGCGGCAUUGGACAAAACUGCGUUGGACAAAACAAUGAGCGCGAAGUAG